AUGUCCACCGUCACCGUCGGCGUAUUGGCGCUCCAAGGCGGCUUCCACGAGCAUGUCCAACUCACGAGGAAGGCCGCCGCUUGGCUUGCGACGGCCCAGUCGCCGACGACGCCAAGCCCGAAUGCCGACAUCGCAGCCAUCGAGGUCCGCACCGAUGCAGAGCUCCGUCGUUGUGACGCCCUCAUCAUUCCGGGUGGGGAGAGCACCACCAUCUCGUUUGUCGCGACGCAGUCUGGGCUGAUGGAACCCCUGAGGGAAUUCGUCAAAGUCAAACGCAAGCCAGUAUGGGGUACAUGCGCGGGCGCCAUCCUGCUCGCCGAUGAAGCCAACGCCACCAAGAAGGGCGGCCAAGAGCUCAUCGGGGGCCUCGGCGUGCGCGUUCACCGCAACCACUUUGGCAGGCAGAUGGAGAGCUUCGUAGCCGAUCUCGAACUGCCGUUCCUGUCUCAAGGUGACGGAGGCGCGGCGACGGCUCCCGCGCCCUACCCCGGCGUCUUCAUCCGCGCCCCGAUCGUCGAGGAGAUCCUCACGACCGAGGCCGCGGCGCCCUCGGUCCAAGUGCUGGCCGUUCUCCCCGGGCGCAAGACGAUGGCCGCCGAGGGCGUCAGCCAGAGCAAGGCCGACGACGCGGUCGGCGACAUCGUUGCCGUGAAGCAGGACAACAUCUUUGCUACGAGUUUUCACCCUGAGCUGACCAACGACAUGCGCAUUCACGUGUGGUGGUUGAAACAGGUGCUUCGGUCGGUGGCAUCGACAUCGACAUCAUCUGCAUGA